AUGAAAGCGCUAGGAGCACUCGUGGUGGUCAGUCUUGCGGCCUUCGCCGCAGGAUACGUCGUUGUGCCGGAGAACAAAAUCACGUACGCCAGCAAGGACUUUCUGGUGAAGCAAAAGCAACUGCUGGAGGUAUUCCAGCACGUGCACCAGCAUGAGGUCCACACCGAGCUGUGGGCGGUAUCGAAGGGGUACGACAUCGAGAAGAACCUCGACCACUACGGCAACGUGGAGGCGAUCCGCGAGUUUAUGGCCCUCUACCACCAUGGUCUGCUGCCGUUCGACGAGAUCUUCAGCGUGCUCGACGAGCACCACCGUGAGCAGGCCGUCGCCCUGUUCCACCUGUUCUACUACGCCAAGGACUGGGACACGUUCUACAAGUCGAUCGUGUGGGCUCGGUUCCACGUGAAUGAGGGUAUGUUUGUGUACGCCAUCACGGUAGCCGUGCUACACCGCAAGGAUCUGGCCGGUCUGGAGCUGCCGGCCCCGUACGAGAUCUACCCGUACUACUUCUUCAACACGGAGGUCCUCCAGAAGGCGGCCCAGUACAAGAUGCAAGGCUUUUACGGUGCGAAGAAGGUGGACGACGUGCACACGGUCGUGAUCCCGACGAACUACACCGGCUGGUAUAUGCACACGAACGUUGACCAGAAGGUGUCCUACUUCACGGAGGACAUCGGGCUGAACAGCUACUACUACUACUUCCACGCCGACUAUCCGUUCUGGAUGGGCGGCAAGGAGUACGGACUGUACAAGGAUCGCCGCGGUGAGCUGUACCUGUUCAAGCACCAGCAGCUGCUGGCCCGCUACUACCUGGAGCGCCUGUCGAACGAUCUCGGCACCAUUCCGGAGUUCUCGUGGCUCAAGCCGAUCCCGACCGGGUACUACCCGAACAUGCACUACUACAACGGUGUCAGCUUCCCGUCGCGUGCCAACUACUACGAGGUGCACACUCCCGACCACUACCACGAUAUCGUGAAGGUACUCGAAUACGAGCACCGCAUCCACGAGGCGAUCGAUCUCGGCUACAUCGUGCUGCCCGAUGGGCGGCACGUCGAUCUGACCAAACCGGAAUCGGUGGAGUACCUCGGUAACCUGGUGCAAGCGAAUCCAGACAGUGUCAACAGUCGGUUCUACAAGUACGUCGGCUGGUUCGCUCGCAUCCUGCUCGGUGGCUCGGUGGAGCACUUCGAAAACCACAAGGUACUGCCGGGAGUCCUGGAGCACUACGAAACCUCGGUGCGCGAUCCGAUGUUCUACCAGCUGUACAAGCGCAUCAUCCACUGGUACUGGGAGUUCAAGGAUCAUCUGAAGCCGUACACCACCGAGGAGCUGACCUUCGGUGAGGUGAAGCUGGAGUCGGUGAAGGUCGACAAGCUGGUCACGUACUUUGAUCGCUCCGACGCGGACAUUACCAAUGCCGUCGAUGUCGAGGUGUUUGACGAGACCGCCAUGAAGGGCUCGGAGAUGAAGAAGUUCGGCAAGAUCGCCCACUAUCAGGGUGAGGACUUUGUGAUCAAAGCCCGUCAGUGGCGUCUCAACCAUAUGCCGUUCAACGUCGAGUACAAGGUGACCGCCGACAAGGACAUCAAGGGAAUUGUGCGUAUGUAUCUUGGACCGAAGUACGAUCAGUACGGACACGUGUACGGAGUGAAUGAGAACCGAGAGAACUUUGUCCUGCUGGACACGUUCGAGUGGGACUUGAAGCAGGGUAGCAAUGUGCUGGUUCGCGAAUCGACCAAGUUCCCGCUGUACGUGCAGGACCGUACGCCGUACUACGAGCUGUACAAGUGGGUCAUGGAUGCGUACAACGGAGUGCGUCAGUUCCCGCUCGAUAUGACCGAGGCACACUGCGGUUUCCCGGCGCGCCUGAUGCUCCCGAAGGGUACCAAGGGAGGCAUGCCGUUCCAGCUGUACUUCAUCGUUUCGCCCUACCAUGCUCCGGCCGUGCCACAGCACGAGGGCUACGACUACACGCUGAACUGUGGCGUUGCAUCCGGUGCCCGGUACAUUGACUCGCUUCCGUUCGGAUAUCCGUUCGAUCGUCCGAUCGACGAGAAGAUCUGGUUCACCCCCAACAUGUACUACCUGGACACCAUGAUCUACCACAAGAAGGAGGCCGAAAUCAAUGCGGUCCAUUGA